UGCUGUUGCUGAUAUUUGUGGGCUUGCUGGUGCUGGUGAUUUUCGAGUUCUUGCUGCCGCUUUCGUUGAUUUUCGUGACAUUACUGAGAUCGCUGGUGACUCUGACGAGGACAAUGGUGGUGGUGCUGCUGGGGCUGGUGGCUGUUGUCACGUAGAAGAUAUUGGCGACGUAGACGUCGUGCCUGCGGGGGGAAACGCUUGGCUCGUCUGUUCAUAGGAGGAAGGUCCUGUGGUCGGCGACGGGCCUUCCGCUCCCAAUUACGCGUGGAGAUUCUUUUCGCGUCGAGGGAGAAACGUCCGUGUCGCGGUGCGCUACGAAAGCCCAAAGAAAGAAAGAGAGUUAGAGAGAGAGAGAGAGAGAGAGAGAGAGAGAGGGAGAGAGAGAGAGGGAGAAAUAUAGACUACGAGUGCGUGGAUGUAUUAGCCCGAGAGACGCGCAUCGUCGUGCGAGCAACCCCGGGAAGACGACGACUACGCCGUACGAUAUUGUAUCCAGGUGGUAGGUGAUACGCCUCCUUGUUCGACGACUGGUGAUUGGGACGAUUUUGAAUAUCUCGUGUGAAAGCAGGCAACCAAGGGACUUAACUGUGGGACCUUUGAGAGAUGGUGAUGCUCGAGCUGACCUGCUGGACGUUAAUGAGGAAUAGGACAUAGCUCCCUAGGUCGCAAGAUCUUAUUGGAAAAACUGGAUUCUCCAGUUUUCAAGCUGGUGAGAUGAAAAGUGCUCCUGUUGAGUGGGACAUGGUUGCUGGUUUGCCACUAAGGUGAUACAGUGUAUCAGGACCUAUGUCAAUUUUAUUAUUAUCCAAUGUGUACAUCUGAUUCUGUCAAGACACAAUGUUUGAGCCAAGGAUAACUUGAUUUUGUUGGACAACACUAAAGCGGAAGUCUCUUCUGCUAAUGGUACUUCAAAGAUCCAGCAGCUAUCCUCCGAGUCCGAAAAUGGAGGAACCUGCGAAAAAAAAACAGAGGAUCGAAAAUGACAGCAAUGAAAAUGGAGAAACCUCAGAAAUCGAGCGACUACAAAUCAGCCUCCUUGGUCAAUGUUUGUGCAAUGUAUCCGAAAGUAGCUUGCGCAAGCCAUUUACUAAUACGAGUGUCUCUACCAAUGACAGAGAAUUAAGAUCGAUGGUUCUCUCGGAAUGGGAACCUAAUAAGUGCCUAGAAUUUCUAAGUGCCCUGCAACUUUUAUUUGAUGUCGCUAUAAAGCAGAAUACUAGAGGAAUAAUGUGCGGUCGGAUUGCGGAUGUGUGCAAGGCUCUUGCAAGAAACGAGCAUGGUAUCGUUGAUCAAAUCAUUGAUUUAUCGUGUACUAACAAUAAGUUUAUAUCCUUUGCAGCGAGCAAAGCACUGGCAUCCUUUUUUAUUAUUACUAAAGAGAAUGUGGAGUCCUCCUGGCUCGAGAGACUAACGCAAUCGUUGGUAAAUACUCACUCCCCUACUCAAAUGUUAUUCACAUUAGAUGUGGUAAAGAGGGUAGUGGAACAUAAAGACUGUGGUAUUCAUCCAUUGGAGGAUUCUGAGACAUCAAAUCCUCCGUCUGGUUGCAAUAUUAUAACUAUAUCUGAUCCUGAAAGUUUAGAUAGUACUCCAGUGAAAGCUAUGUGUGUUAAGGCUUUAGAAUCUAAGUGGACUAUUUUGGUUUCCAAGUUUGAUGCAAUCCUUGGUUCUUACACUCCCCAGCACGAAUCUGCCGUUAUAACCUUCCUUGAUCUUUGGGAGUCCAUAAUAUCAGUUAAAGCUAAUUUGUCCGUAAUAGACACAAAAUUAUUUUAUUCUCAACUAGAUAAUUUAGUCGUUCUUUUGAAUGCCAAUGUCCCUGGUGUUAUAUGGCGGCAUCUCCUUGGAUUGUUUAACGAAGUACUGUGCUAUGGCAGUACUUUAGCUUUACAAGAUGUGUUACCUGAUGAGCCGUGCUCACUGGCGCAUUUAAUUGUCCGCGCAGUCAAAGACUGGAGAUUAUUAGAUUCUUUGCCGUAUCGUCAUGGAUCGGGAAGGUUUGGAGGUGGUUCUGGCGACGGAGAUCAGCCUCUUUUACAGAAAGUCGUGCUAUUGGUAUUGAAAAGUGUCGCUGUUACGGUUAAAGAAACACGUAGUGACUCCAGCGAUUCGUCAUUGGCUUCAGAGGCAGAAGAUUUGGAUGCUGACAUGGCAGUUAUAGAACGAAGUAUAAGAGAAGUGCUUAGGCAAUUAGAUCAGUGCGUCAAAUUGUUGAUGCCUUUCCAUCCAGAAAUGCCUCUGUCUCAGUGGGUUGUUCAAAUGUUCCAUGACCAAGAUGACUUUUUAAUUGAAGGAAUGGUCUGCUGUCUAGACGUGGCGAAUGGAUUGUUCUAUCGAGGACCGCCACAGAAUGACUUGGGGAAUAUGUUGAGCCCCACGCUAACUUUUGUACAGUUCAUCAGAGCAGUUUCUCAUGAUCAUGACGUACUGUUGGACUUUCUUGUUAGUAAUGAAACGUGCUUUCUAUUAUAUCUGUAUAGGUUUCUAAAAUACAUUAGACGUUUUUGGCCUGAAUUUGUAUCAUGUUGUGGUAGGGAUUUAGACGAUACCAUGGCUGUAUUGGCAAAUUUAAAACAAGCAAUUGAUAGACUGGUCUCUAAAGAUUUAUUUCCAUAUAAUAUUAAUCCUGUUCUUCGACUGUUAGAAAAGUGCGAUUCACUUUACGAAGGCAAUAUAGAUAAUUAAUUGACUCUUUUGUUAUAUAUGGACAGAAACUACCACCGUAUUUAAUUUUGAAAUAAAUUCAGUUUAUUUAAACCAUAAUAAUCUAUCGCGUAUCUAUUCCUA